AUGGCAUCGCUCAGCUCGGCCUCCACGUACCGUGCCGAGCUCCUCAGUGCCUACGGGCAGGGGCACAGCGAACCCCGCUUCGAGGGCGACCGGCGGCAUGGACCCUUUGGGGCACGGGGACAGGAGGCAUUUGGGUACCCAGAACCCCCAGGUGCCAUGUACCCCUGCAGCCUGGGCACCUGGGUGCGUGCCCAGGGUGACACCUACCAAGUGGUGGCCGACGUCAGCCAGUUUGAGCCCCCUGACAUUGUGGUGACCACCUCCAACUGCCAUGUCGCCAUCCAGGCAGAAAAGGUGGCUGAGGAUGGCACUGUGUGUGACACCUUCACCCACAAGUGCCAGCUGCCCGAGGACACGGACCCGCUGUCAGUGAGCUGCACCCUCACUGAGACUGGCACGCUGGUCAUCACCGUCCGGCGCCGCGCCAGUGCCGGGCCUGCGCAGCCCCCGCAGCUGCUGUACCGCAGCGAGGCCAUGCUGUGA